UACCAUAAUAAUGCCUUGGGUUAAAACAAAACCAAAAUCGGUCAAUUUUGAUGUAUUUAUAAUUCGUAUAUUGGAAUAUGUUGAAAUGCGUAUCAAAAAAGAAUUACCAACAAUACAUCGAAUAUUAUAUCGUUGUCCACCGGAUGAAUAUAUUCUACUUCGAAAUUUAUUCAAUUUAUUUGGUGGUUAUUUUAUUUGUAAAUUAUUAUUAGUUUUAUGUGUCGAUUUACCCGAUGAAUCAGACAAAUAUGAUAAAGAUCGUUUAUUCAUACAUAAAUGGGGAUUAUUAAUGAUGAUCACUGGUUUUGUUUUUUCAAUACAAUUUCGUACAGUUAUUUGUUUAUUAUUACCAUCAUUGGUAGUCACAUCAAAUGGUAUAUUUUUCUAUAUACGUUUUAUACAACGAGCAUUGAAAAUAUUAAUACCAUCAAUAUUUGGAAAUAUUCGAUCAUUAUGGAAUAUAAUGGCCUGUCUACUUAAUUAUCAUCAUACGAGGCAAAGAGCUAUGUUUCGAUUAGCUUUCCGUCCACUCAUUAAUUUGUUUACAGAUUCAUCAAAAGUAUUUACAGCAAAAGAAUUAUUAGAUUCAGAUAUCGUUAGAAAAAAUCUUAGUGAUUCAUUUCAAUCGUUUCGGAUUGAUACGAAUGAUUUGAGACAAUAUUGUCUAACACUUGUUGAACCAUUCAAUAAGGAUGAUUUUUGUAGUAAAACUCUUGAAGAUUUAUAUGCCAAUAGUAACAUUUUUUCUAGACAAAUUUACAAUCAAGUUUAUAAUGCUUGUUACGCUGCAUUGAAUAAUCUUGGCAGUGAUUUAUGUGAACAAAUUAUUGAUCCAUUAAAACAUUUUGAUAAUUAUACCAAACAAUUUGGACAAAUCAAUCUUUAUGAUUCUAUUGAAAUGAUGCAAUCUGGUCAAAAUUAUGAACAAAUUAGCGAAACAUUAGAUAUGUUACAAUCAUUGGUUGGAUAUCGAAUGGAUUUAGAAGAAGAAUUUCUUAGUGAAUUUGAAUGGGUAGGAAUUGUUGGAUUUAUUGCUCGUGUAGUAUUUCUUGUAUCAUUAAUAGCGGCAGCGCUUCGAGCCAUUUUUUAUCAUAAUAAUUAUCUUAAACAUAUUAAUUUUGACAAUCAUUAUAUUGAUCGAUAUUUUUAUCAUAUUGAUUACAAACGUAAAGCAAUGAACAAAAUUCAUUUGUUACCAUUACGAGGUAAUGAUCGUUGGCAACUAAUACCAACAUUUGGUUUGAAAAAAAGUGUCUAUGAAAAUGCAGCUUAUUUUGUUUUUCAAAAGAGAGCCUUAAUUAUAACAUUUAUUGUAUUUUUGUUUUUACUUUUUAUCGAUUUCGUUUUUACUGAUUGUAUUAAUACAAUAUCAUCCAAAUUAUCGGUUAGUGAUCAUAUUAAUAUAAUGGUUCAUCGAUUUCAUGGUGAAGCUACUGGCAGUUUUUUUGCUAAAGUUAUCAAUGGUCUUAUGAAAAAAUUACAUUUCAAUUAUACAGAAUUAUUUCGUCAAGAUUGGCAUACUUGUAGACAAUUUAAUAAAAAUCAAUUAGGUUUGCCACAAUAUCAAAGCAUUAUGAUCGAUUAUAUAUUAUUGAUUUUAAUGUAUUUAUUAUCCAUUCAUUUUAUACGAUUUCGACAUUUUAUUUGUGAUUUUUUCUAUUAUCGUUAUGGUAAACAAAGAGUUAUUUAUCUUUAUAAUCAAAAAUUAAGAAAUCGUAAACGAUUCUUAAGAUUUCGACAUUAA